CCGAGUUCGUUACUUCCCAUUAUUAUUAUUAUUUUCCCCCCCGGCGUUUUUCCAUUCCGUCUCCAGCAUAUUCCAUCAUUACCUAUCGAAGCCCUUUUUUUAUUUCGAAAUUCUCUCUUCUGUGUUCCCGUCUGACUGAACCAACCAGCUCCUGCAUCACACAAUCUGUCAUAUUUCUAUAUCUGUCCAUGGCGUCCUCCCCGCUUGACCAUGGCUCGAUGAACCACCCUUCUUCCUCGUCCGCAACUGGCCCUCUGCCGUCCUCCUCAACAUCAUUGCCCUCAUCACCACCACCGCCCUCCUCCGCGGCCCCACCACUAUCAGUUCCUCCGGUGCGCCCUCCUCCUCCUCAUCGCUCGGCCACUGUGGGAGCGUCGCUCCUCCGCGACUAUGCCUCGCACAUAGAUCCCUCUCACACUACAAACGAUAUCCACACGGCCGACUCGGCUCCCGGGACUCCCAAUUUGGGUCCCAGCACUGGCACUCUCCAGAAACCUGAUCAUCCUCGUGAGGGCGCCGCUGUUCCCGCUUUCACGACGUCCUUCCUGCCACGCCGGCAGACGGCCUCUCUAGCGGGCCAUCAUCGGAACGCGUUAUCUAACGAUUCAAUCCCUCGCCAAACCCUUCUCAAAGCUCUCGCAUCACGACCAUCCAUGUGCAACCACCAAAGUCCAAAUAUGCCGCUGGCGGCCUCUUUGGGGCUUCUCAACACGAACCCUACCUCGUCGGAAGAAACGGAGCGCACCUCCAGCAAUUCGUCGUCACAGAUGCUCUCAGCAGCUCUCUCCAAUAUUCAGUUAGGGACCUACCUGGACCGUUCUCCUGCGACAGCACGGUUGGUCAUGCAAUCACCAUGCUUCUUCCACCAGCGUUUCGAUGACGCCGUAAAUAUUCAGAAAGUAUUGGAAGAGAUUGCGGAUGAUGAGUGGCUAUCGCACUCCCGUCUGGUACAGACAGCGACAGGCGUCCGAGAGGUGUCGAAACAAUUGCAGCGAAGACCAAUCAAACGCGCUGUCAAGAAUGUUAUGAUCGUCACCAAGGCGCGGGAUAACAGUCUGGUGCAUCUGACCCGCGAAUUGGCGGAGUGGCUUCUCUCCACCCCUCGCUACGGCAACGAUCUGGGUGUGAAUGUCUACGUAGACGCUAAACUUCGCAACUCACGAAGAUUCAAUGCCCAGGGGCUUCUGGACAAGGAGCCCCGAUUCGAGGAGAUGUUACACUACUGGACCCCGGAUCUCUGCUGGACAGCCCCCGAGAAAUUCGAUUUGGUCCUCACGUUAGGAGGGGACGGGACCGUGCUUUUCACAUCCUGGCUCUUCCAACGCAUUGUCCCACCGGUCCUCUGCUUUUCCCUGGGGAGCUUAGGGUUCCUGACGAACUUCGAAUUUGAGAAUUACAAGUCUCACUUGAAUGCAGUCAUGGGUGAUGUAGGUAUGCGAGUGAACUUGCGGAUGCGCUUCACCUGCACGGUCUUCCGUAAAGACCGCAGCAAGGGCGCCGAGGCGGGUGCUGUGGAGGAAGGGGAACAGUUCGAGGUGUUGAACGAGCUCGUGAUUGAUCGCGGGCCAUCACCAUACGUGUCAAACCUCGAACUGUACGCAGAUAAUGAUCUGCUCACCGUGGUACAAGCGGACGGGUGCAUUUUCUCUACUCCUACCGGUUCCACGGCAUACUCUCUUUCCGCUGGCGGUUCCUUGAUUCACCCUUCUAUUCCCGGCAUUCUUCUGACCCCCAUCUGCCCCCAUACACUUUCCUUCCGUCCCAUGGUUCUCUCCGAUACGCUGCUCCUUCGUAUUGCCGUUCCUGCCGGGUCCCGGUCGACCGCGUACUGCUCGUUCGAUGGGAAGGGUCGUGUGGAACUCCGCCAAGGCGACUAUGUUACCGUCGAAGCAAGUCAAUACCCCUUCCCGACCGUCGUAGCGGGCGGCGGAGAGUGGUUCCAGAGCGUUCAGCGAGCACUGCGAUGGAAUACACGCGGUGCCGUGCAAAAGAGCUGGCACAGCGCUUCGGAUGCCGGCCUCGAAGCCACUGAGGAUGACGAAGACACGGAGUGGGACAUCGAUACCGAUGCCGGGUUAACUGGCACGGACAGUGGCUUGGGGGUGAGUGAGGAUGGCGAUGCCGGAUCGAACAGUCCUCUGAAGCGGCAAAUGAGCAUGUUCAGCACCUAAGCCGAUCAUUGUCUCAGAUGCUGUCCUCCCCAUUCUCACCACCCCAUUCUUCUGGGGU